AUGGCACAGGGUCUAUUUGAUCAUAUGGCUGAGGAGCUAGAGGGCAUGGAGGGGCUGUUUGAUGACGAUGACCAAAAUGAGGUUCAAGCAGAGGAGCAAGAAGGUCAAAGGGGGAAGAAUGAGGGUGAGAAGCCAACUCUUGACGACGUCGAGCUAAAUGUCGAUGAUUACAUCGUCGACCCAGAUUACGACAUAUGGGACGACGAUGACGAUUUGAUAACGGAGCUUAGAUCGACGGGCCAAUAUUUUAAAGAGGGACCAGAUGCCCAACAUGAGGAUGAUGUAGAUGUUGGAUCUUCACAGAGAUCUGGUGGGAGACCAAGGGGAGAGAGUCAGGCAGAAUUUCGCCCGGGGGGCGUUGAAAGAACUAUACAUCCAGAAGCUGACGAGCAGGAGGAGGAGGUAGACUCGGACUACAUUGCUUCUGAUGAUAACAACACGGCUUCCGAGUCUGACGGUGACGGUCGGGUGAAGUUCAGGAUGUUCAACGAGGAGAAAGAGAUGGAAAAUCCAACCUUCAAGAAUGGAUUGCAAUUUGUGAACAGAGAGCAAUUCAAGAAAGCAUGUAGGCAGUGGGGCAUCAAACACAGGUAUCAACUGCAUUUUCCUGUGAACGAGAAGACCCGUGUUAGGGCUAAGUGCUUUGACAAGAGUGACAAUGUACCUAAGUGUCGGUUUGAAAUAUUUGCAUCCAAGCAAAACAUGUCAGAUCCGGAUGAUGAAACAUUCCUAGUGAAGACCCUGAACUUGGUACACACUUGCCCGAAGAGAAGAUCGAAUUUCCACAUGACCAGUGCCUAUCUGGCUGAGAGUUUCUUGGAGGAGUUUAGGGCCAAUCCAGAUUACAACCCUGAGCAGUUUGUUGCAAAGAUUGCACGGGAGCUGAAGCAGAAGAUCAGUGUGCAGACGGCACGAAGAGCACGAUUCAGGGCUGUAAGAAAAUUGGAAGGGGAUGAGGAUGGGCAGUAUGCUAAGUUGUAUGACUACCGAAGGGAGGUCCUUCGAACCAAUCCGGGGAGCACAGUGGAUUUUAAAGAGCCUCGAGGAAAGUUUGCGGGUAUGUACAUGUGCUUGGCUAGAAUGAAGAAUGCCUUCCGGAAUGGGCUGAGGCAGAUCGUUUGUCUGGACGGUUGCUGGUUGAAGGGGAAGUAUGGGGGUCAGUUGCUAUCUGCAACUGAGAUUGACCCCAAUGAUUGCAUGUAUCCUCUGGCUAUGGCAUGGGUGAAGGUUGAGAAUACUGAAAACUGGACGUGGUUUUUGGAGCUAUUGAAGGCUGAUUUGCAUAUGGGCAACAGGACAACCUUCAUGUCAGACAAACAGAAGGGCCUCAUACAUGCACUGGACGCGCUUUUUCCACAUUCAGAGCACAAGUAUUGCUGGAGGCAUCUGUGGGCAAAUUUCAGAACCACCUUCCACUUGCAACAUUUAAAGCCGCUUAUAUGGAACAUUGGGAUUGCAACCUACACAUCCAAAUUGAAUGCUGCCAUGAUAGUUUUGGAGAAUACUCAUACGGCGGGCUACAACUGGAUUGAGGAGAGAUCUAGGGAGCAUUGGUCCAGGGCACAUUUCAGGCCCCAAGUCAAGUGUGACAUAUUGCUGAACAAUUUAGCGGAGGCCUUCAAUAAAUAUGUACUGACUUCGAGGACGAGACCUAUCUUGACUAUGUUUGAAAUGAUUAGGACUCAGCUGAUGAAGAAGAUCCAUGACAAACAGAUUUUUGGGAGCAAGAUUGAUUCGCGGUUGUGCCAUAAAAUUAGGAAAAAACUGGACAAGAUAAUUGAAGAGGGUUGGAAUUACACCGCACACCCUGUCGGCAGUCCACAAGAGCAAGUUAUAGGUCCCGGGGGUCAGUUCGUGGUAAAUUUGGACGAAAGGACUUGCACAUGUAGGCGUUGGGACCUCACUGGGAUUCCAUGCGUUCACGCAUGCCCCUGUAUUUAUGAGAACAAUGAGCUUCGUCAAAGGUACAACGAUCUUUGA